AUGAGACCACUUUCGUGUCGGUUCUCAGCGCUUGCUCCCGCAUUGGCAACGAGGAGUUUGGCAAGCAGAUACACUCGAUUAUCUUGAAAUCAGGCUCUGAGGACUUUGAGCUGGUGUAAUAUGAUGACUGAUGCUAUGAACUUGUUUGAGAGAAUGCCAAUCCGUGAUGUUGUUUCAUGGACAUCUUUGAUGUCAGGGUAUUCAAGGAGUGGUGAGGAGUGUGGCAAGGCUCUAGAAUUGUUUCUUUGGAUGAGAGCGAGAGGUGAGGCAUUGGCAAAUGAGUUCACUUAUGAUUGUAUUCUUCGAGUUUGUGGCAAGUUGGGAGCUUUGGAUUAUGGGAAGUGUGUUCAUGGAUGCUUGAUGAAAUGUGGCUUUGAAUUGGAUCAAUCUGUCUGUGGUGCACUCAUUGAAUUUUACUGCAAUUGUGAUGCUGUUGAAAAUGCAAUGCGAGUAUCCAACCAAUUGAAUUCCCCGUGUUUGAGUGCUUCAAAUACACUGAUUGCAAGUCUUGUAUCGGCUGGUAGGAUUGAGAAUGCAGAGCUGGUCUUUAAUCAGAUGAUUGAGCGAAAUUCAGUCACUUAUAACUUGAUGAUCAAAGGUUAUGCUCAGGAAGGCCGGAUUGCCGAUUCCAAAAAUCUGUUUGCUGAAAUGCCUUGCAAAAACAUCGUAUCACUGAACACCAUGAUAUCAGUGUACCACCAAAAUGGCGACCUUGAUGAAGCUGUGAAUAUCUUCAACCAUAUUAAGCAGGAGAAGAACACGGUCACAUGGAAUUCGAUGAUUUCAGGCUACAUUCAAGAUGACCAAAACACAGAGGCUCUGAAGUUGUAUGCAGCUAUGCGUCGUUCAUCAGUAGAAUGCAGCAGAUCAACAUUCUCCGCAUUGUUUCGUGCUUGUGCCAGUAUAGGUACAUUGCAACAAGGCAGAAUGCUUCAUGCUCACUUGAGCAAAACACCAUUUGAAUCAAACACAUAUGUUGGCACAUCUCUAGUAGACAUGUAUGCCAAAUGUGGAAGUAUCACAGAUGCCAGAACCUCAUUCAACAACAUUGAUUCCCCUAACAUUGCCUCAUGGACUGCACUGAUCAAUGCACUGGCACAUAGUGGUCAUGCAACCGAGGCAAUCCUCAUGUUCGUCCAAAUGAUUAAAAAAGGCAUCGAUCCAAAUGUAGUUACAUUUGUAGGACUUAUUUUAGCAUGUGGUCAUGCUGGUAUGGUGAAUGAAGGUAUGAAUUUUUUUAACUCGAUGCAGAAGAACUAUGGCUUGGUACCUACAUUGGAACAUUAUGCAUGUAUGGUGGAUCUUCUCGGGCGAUCAGGAUUGGUAAGAGAAGCAGAGAAGUUCAUUACUGAAAUGCCCGUUGAAGCAGAUACUGCAAUCUGGGGAGCUUUACUGAAUGCAUGCUGGUUUUGCAUGGAUUUAGAAGUUGGUGAAAAUGUGGCUGAAAGAAUGCUGAGUUUUGAUUCAAAGAACAUAACUGCAUUUGUGGUUAUGUCUAACAUUUAUGCUAAACUUGGGAAAUGGCAGGAAGUAAUGAAAGUGAGGAAAAGAUUGAGGGAACUGAAUGUAAAGAAAAUUCCUGGAUGUAGUUGGAUUGAAGUGAAGGAGAUUGUUCAUGUGUUCUGUGUAGAGGAUAGAAAUCACCCUCAGAGAGAUGAAAUUUAUGAUGUUUUAGAUGAGUUAAUAGCUAAUGACAGCUCUUUUAUUGAUUCUGAUACUGGUUUUCAUUGUUACAGAGAGGAUCUUUAGCUAAUCUAUUGAUAUGUUUGUACUUAUUAAUAUUGUUUUAUACUUUAUAUUUUUG